UUAGGUACCGUUUACACGUGCAUUUGUUUAUUAUGCAAGGCAAAUUAGUAAAUAAUGAUAUUAAGACGGAUAACUGUAACAUAAAGUGCUAGUCUAAAUAUACACGUUAAGUUGAGAGAAGUCAUUUUACGAAAACCAAACACCUUGAUCAAAUAACCUUGACUAGACGCCACAAAUCAAUGAAAUGCUGAAACUGCUGAGCCAGGUGGUCAGUCCUGCAAGAUUGCCAUGGAGGAGCUGCAUGUCCCUAGCCAUUCAGCCGGCACAGAGACGCCGCUUCGCAACAGAAGCGGCCGGAAAAUGUGCGGACCACGAAAACGCCGGGUUCACCGAAUGGCGAACCGUCUAUAGUCUGCCGAGCAUAAGGAUCGUGGCCGCCUUCAGUAGGCUGAAAGUCUACCAGGCUGUCAUCACGGCAGCCGGAACGCCCAUUGUCUUCGCCCUGGGCAGCGCCGGGCAGCUAAGCACAGACGCACUGGCCAUCUACGGGGCCGUGGGAGUCACUGGCCUGAUCACCCUCACACUCGCCAGCUACGCGGCCUCGAAUCUCGUGGGCUUCAUCUACGUGAACGAGCAACAGGAUCUGCUCAAGCUAGCCUACGUGGACUUCUGGGGACGGCGACAGGAGGCACUCGUGGACACCGACGAUCUGCUGCCCAGCUGGGAGCAGGGUAGUCCGUCCCGGCUGCAAUUUGUUUCGCCCAUCUGCCUGCGCAGCGAUCCCAAACGCCGGUACAAACUUCUUAAUCGCUUUGGCCAUGUCAGUGAUCCCCAGUUGUUUCUGGGCCUCUUUGGGGAUUGAAUUUACGAGUAGUUUUAGGCAAUUGUUAUACCGGAGACAACCAUUUGUUAGUAUCUGAAUUACAAAAUCAUGUCCAAGUCGA